AUGAAGUUCUUGCUUGUUUUGGCGGCCGUGGCGGCCCUGGCGGCGGCCCAGAGCAUCGAGGAGAUCGGCAACCGAGACAUCUCCACUGCCAUCCCGGAGAUUCUCAACAACAACUGCGGCCGGUGCAACCCCAAGCAAGCGUCCAACGCGCGCCUCGUCGUGGGCUUCCUGCAGAGGAACUACCCGCGCGUGUACACGGCCGUCGAGAACAAGUACCGCAAGGGAGGUCGGUCAGGCUGAGCAAACGGCCUGCAACCCCUCCCACGAUGCAAGGACGUGAGCGUGCUGCUCUGACAACGCCGAUAUUUGCUCGUUCUGCGCGGCACCACAUACGUCCCAAACCACGUCACCACAACACGGGCACUUCGUUUGAAAUGCCAGGCCAGAUGUCGCUGGCCGCAUGACAAACGACUAGCGCCUAGUGAGAAACGUUUUGAAAGAGGCGUACAGUGACAAUUUUCAACAAUGACGAACCAAAACUAACACGACGAAAAUAUAAAAUAAAAGUUGCAAUGUUUGGAAAAAAAUCUUCAUAUAUUUGUUUGAAUUACACAUAACAAGGUGAUGAUGGUAAUUAAUUUUACAUUGGUUAUCUGUUUGCAUUUGAAAUUCCCACUAAUAAGCGACGUAAUCUAGUGCAGGAACUUCCUUGUUUGAACACGCGUAGGCGGCGAAAAGUUCACCCAUGUCCUUGCAUCGGUUACCCCCUCCCCCAGCCGCCCAACGGCGGAGAGCCCAAUCGUCGGUCUUUGAGGAGCAGCUUCCUGUAUGAAUAUGAUGAGAGCAAUUAUUUAUAAAUCUUAGGCGAUACAAUCAUUGUCUGUUUCGCUGUUUGCGUUCGGCUUCAGGACAUGAAAUGUUAAAUCUUCUCUGAGAGAUGUCUCCUUUGUUGGAAGCAAGCGUUGUUCUAUGAUAUAAUAUGUUGUAUUUGUGUAAGAUAAUCCA